CGCCAAUGUGUGACCCACGGGAGCUGCGCAGCCGAGCUGGCGCCGCCAACGGCCGCCGGCGCCAACGGCCGAAACCGAACAUAGCAUCAGUGAUGGACAACUUUUCACCCAAGCCUGGCACGAACAAGCUGCAUCAGACAAUGCCAGCAGAUGCAUCUCCUGAUUCCAAAUGCCCAAUCUGCCUGGACAAGUUUGAUAAUGUGGCCUACUUGGACCGUUGUUUGCAUAGAUUCUGUUUCCGAUGUGUGCAGGAGUGGUCCAAAAACAAAGCAGAGUGCCCACUCUGUAAACAGCCUUUUCACUCCAUCCUGCACAGUAUGAGGUCUGAAGAUAACUUUAAGGUCUAUAGAGUAAAGCCUUUAGACACAGAAUCUUUUGCUAAUCCUGGUGGGACGCGAUUCCGUUACCGAACUACGUUGACAAGAGAACGUCGUACGUCUGUUCACCCCCGAAGGAGUUCCUCCGCUCGAAGGACUGUCUCCCCUCCUGAUAAUGGAAUCCUGUUUGAAGGGUUGUCGGGCCAGCCAACAAGACAAAGAGAUGCCGAAAUGCAUCAAAUGAUCAGACGGCUUGCAUCGAGACGGCAAGCUAGCUUAGAAGGCAGAUCUAUGCGACAAAUUCAAGAGCAAGAUAUAAUCAACUUUCGAAGAGCUCUGUAUCGUUCUGGGACCCGCGUUAGAAGCAUUGAAGAUGGAGGGCGCUAUAGAGACAUAGCGGCUGAAUUUUUCCGUCGGAAUCCUGCCUGUCUUCAUAGGCUAGUUCCAUGGCUGAAGCGUGAGCUCACAGUUCUGUUUGGCGCUCAUGGGUCUCUAGUCAAUAUUGUGCAGCAUAUCAUCAUGAGUAAUGUGACUAGAUAUGAUCUGGAGAGCCAAGCGUUUGCUGAUGAUUUAAAACCUUUCUUACUCCAUCGCACAGAACACUUUUUACAUGAGUUUAUCAACUUCGCCAGAUGCCCUUUUAACAUAGAGGCAUAUGAUCAGCAUGCAAAUUAUGAUUGUCCUGCUCCGUCAUAUGAAGAAGGAAGCCGGUCUGAAUCCUCCAUUAUUACAAUCUCUCCAGAUGAGGGAGAGACACAGGAAUCUGGAUAUAAUGCCUUCACAGGUGGUACCAAUCAGGCCCCAUGGGAUGAUGAAACUCCUGGCCCAUCUUACUCCAGUUCAGAGCAGGUACAUGCUGCCGUAACGACUGCUUUAGACACUUCAGAAAGUUCUGAUGAGGACCCAUCCACAAACACCACUGAGCUACAGACCGAGCUACCAGCUAGCAUAGACAUGAAUGGGAACAGUUGCGAUUCCUCUGACAACUGUGUUAUCGUUGGCUAUGUGAAACCGCUAGCAGAGCGAACGCCUGAACUUGUUGAGCUAUCUUCAGACUCCGAGGAAUCAGCUGAUGGUGGGAAAAUAGAAGACGUGAAGAAAGUGCAGCCCAUCCAGUAUCACAGUUUCAGUGAUACGGACGCUAGUGGAUACACAUCACCAUUCUCCAUUGGCUCCAGAGACGGUAGUGCCAGUUAUAAGACCAAUGUAUCCCUAUCAAGUAGAAAAAGAAAAUCCAAAAGGAGCGAAAAAGGCAAAAGUAAAACAAGGGAGCCUGCUUGGUUACAAAGCUCACCUACAAGAAGAGAUGAUUAUGGGUGCAGUUUACCCAAAAGAAGGAAACCUGAAACUUCUGCACAGCAUUCUCACAGAGAGCGCCAUAGCCUGAAAAGUAAGAGGAAGCAUCGAAGCCUUGAAAAAAGGAAAAGGAAAAGAGAUAGCAGCCGCCAUAAGCACCGGAAGGACAAAAAGAGGUCGAGAACCCGAGACAAGAGUCUGUCUCGAAAAAGCCAGACUCUUUCUCUCAGUAGCGAGAGCAUUGAAUCUAGAGAUCUGAGCAGGUCAAGAUCUCGCAGCAAUGAGUACAGCAGGAUAUCAAAGAGCAGAGACGAUGAUUAUUACUUGAGAGACAGUUUCCAAAACAAGUACAAAUGGGAAUACAGUUUUUACCGUCGCAAUACCACCCGAGAUGGUUAUGAAUCAUCAUACAGGAGGCAGACUCAUGCUAGAGCUCAGUACUCAUCUGCUAGCCCAGAUUAUGGAGUGCAGUCCCUUUCCGAACGGACACGUAGUCGAAAUCCGAGAGGUCAUAGUGAGAGCAGGUGGUACUACUACGAAAGACGUCGAUCGAGAAGUCGAUCCAGCAGCAGAUCUCAGACUCCUUCCAGGGGGCCUGAGAGAAUGCGAUCCGAAAAGCCCAGCGGGAAAAGGAAAUACAAAACUCGUCACUUGGAAAGCGCGCGCAGAGCGGGUGAAGAAGCCUCCUCCACAAAGGAAGGUAGUGCCUUUGGAAAAGCAUUGACCAAGUGCCAGGGCUUGUACAAAAAGGCAGCAAGCUUCUCGGACAGGCAAGCAGAGGCAGAGAAUCAGCAGAAGAAGCAGAAAAAAAGGUCAAGAAGCCCCAGCGUUGAGAUCAUUUAUGAAGGGAAAGCCAGUGACACGACAAGGCAUCACAAAAAGAAACGGAAAAGGGAGAAGAAACCCCACAAAAGCCAUGCGGGCUUCUCCCCCUUCUCUUCUCCGGUUGUAAUUACAAUUGAUAGCGACAGUGAUAAAGACACUGCGAUUCAGGAUAAUACUGACUGCAACAGUAGCAUUUCCUGGAGUUCUACACUUCAGCCCAAUGAGAGAGAGACAGAGUCUCUUUCGCCGCUCUUGGAAGCCAGAGACUGUAGUUACGACAGCUUGGGUGAAAGAGAAAAUGUGGACAAGGACAGCAAUGUUACCAUUGCUAUGGAAGAUGUCGAAGGCGAGACUUCAAAUGCAGUUCCACAGCUGCAGGAAACAGCCGGUGGACACACACCAGCUGUGACAGACAUUGGCAUGUCAUUUAACACAGCAAAUCAGCCGAGCGCUGUAGAAACCGAACGUUUCAGUGAGUUGCCAACAGUCAGAACCUCUUUGCUGCUAAGGCUGUCAAAGAAACUUGGAGAAUUCAUACAUCGGCAGGACUCACCGAAGCAGGACGUGUAACUUUUGAAACAAAAUGGUUUUUAAAUGAAUUGGAGUUUUUUUUGCUAUUCAGCUUUUCCUGAAAGCAAAAGGCCUUCUUGUUUCUGUGCUAAGAGUUACAAAAUGACUUCUCUAUGAAAUAAAUCCCAUUCCCAAUUUUUUAUGCUAGUCUGCACCAUCUCCUUUUCUUCAGAGUACGUGUUAUAUGUUUAUCACGUCACAGAAAGACAUUGUAUUUUAGCUCUGUAAUAUAUGUCUACAGAUAUUUCAUUGCUUUUUUAAAAAUGUAAAAUUAGAAAAAAUUGGUGGAUUGCUGUUAAUUUGUGAAAAGGAUUCCCCCCCCUCUAGUUUUAAUGUUGCCAUAUCCUUGUUUUCUGUAGUUCACUUUGCUCUGUGCCUGAAUGGGGAAGCGUUUUUGUUUUUACCAGUAGGAACCAUUGCUUCUUAUUUUGGGGGGUGGGUCAAUUGGGAGCUGAUCUAGGGUGACCAUAUGAAAAGGAGGACAGGGCUCCUGUAUCUUGUAACAGUUGCAUAGAAAAGGGAAUUUCAGCAAGUGUCAUUUGUAUGCAUGAAGAACCUGGUGAAAUUCUCUCUUCAUCACAACAGUUAAAGCUGCAGGAACCCUGCCCUAUUGACCAGAUACAAAAGAGGACAGGGCUCCUGUAGCUUUAACUGUUGUGAUGAAGAGGGGAUUUCACCAGGUGCUGCCUGCAUACAAACGACAUCUGCUGAAAUGCCCUUUUCUAUGUAACUGUUAAAGAUACAAGAGCCUGUCCUCCUUUUCAUAUGGUCACCCUAGCUGAUCUCUCUCUCUCUCUCUCUCUCUCUCUCUCUUCCCCUCUCCUUUCUUUUCGCACACUCUUGCUUGCCCUCUCUGUAGUCCCUGCCUCUCUUAUAUAAUGUUGAUCCAGGCUGCCAUUUAAGCAAAUGUUUCACAAGA